AUGGGGAAUACCCACAGCAUUGCGGGCCAUGACUGCUUUAUGGCAGCAGUCAGCCACAAUCCAGGUCUGGUUGCGUUCAACGGUGAUCCGUUUUUCCACUCACGCGUACCCCCGCUUUACAAUACAAACGUCCCAGUGACCCCUGCGCUGGUGACGUUUCCUGAGACAUCGUCUCAGGUGGCCCAGAUCGUGCAAUGUGCCGCAGCGAAUGGCUACAAAGUACAGGCUCGGAGUGGUGGCCACAGCUACGGCAACCAUGGCAGGUUUCACGCACAUUCUAAUGUCAUCUCUUUCCCAGGUCUCGGUGGUGAAGACGGGGCAGUCGUGGUUGAUCUAAGGAACAUCCAACAUUUCUCGAUGAAUCCCAGAACUCACUGGGCCACUGUGGGGGCAGGCACUAACCUGGGAGACCUUCACACGCGCCUGCAGAAUGCCGGUGGCCGAGCAGUGGCCCAUGGUACCUGUUUAGAUGUUGGAAUGGGCGGUCAUUUCACCAUCGGUGGCCUCGGUAUCAUGUCACGGGAAUGGGGACUCGCUCUGGACCACAUCCAAGAAGCGGAAGUCGUCCUGGCCAACGGUACCAUAGUGAGAGCCAAUCAUGUUCACCACCCAGAGGUUCUUUUUGCAGUCAAGGGCGCCGCAGCUAGUUUCGGCAUCGUCACCGAAUUUGUGCUUCAUACGCAUGCUGUGCCCACACAUGCAGUCCAGUAUUCAUACACAUUCAACGCAGGAAAUACGACUCAGAAGGCACAGGUCUUCAAGGACUGGCAAAAUUUCAUCUUCACCAAGAAUCUCACUCGCAGAGUCUCAAGCGAAUUGGUGGUUUCGGAGCUUGGCAUCAUCUUAUCGGGGAAGUUCUUUGGAUCUCUGUCCGAAUGGAAGUCCUUUGAGAUGCACAAAAAUUUCCCACCGGCUAAUAAGGGAAAUGUAAUCACCUUGACUGAUUGGUUAGGUAUGAUCGGCAGCGAAGCCGAGAACAUCAUCCAGCAGGUCGGUGGUGCCAUCCCGUGUUCGUUUUAUGCCAAGUCCAUGUCCUUCACCGACGAGGACUUCAUCACCGAUGAUGUCGUGGAUAAGCUCUUCGAGUACAUUGACAGUGCCGACAAAGAUACCCUUGCUUGGUUUAUCAUCUUCGAUCUGGAAGCUGGUGCCACCAACGAUCCCCCUGUUAAUGCCACGGCCUAUGCCCACCGUGAGGCUGUUAUGUGGAUGCAGUCCUAUGCAAUCAACCUUUUCGGACCCGUCUCGGACAAGACCAAGACUUUCCUCAAUUCAAUCAACAAUGUCAUCUCCUCAUCUCGUCCCAAUACGUCAUAUGGCGCCUAUCCAGGAUACGUUGACCCGCUCUUACCGGAUGCCCAGCGAUCCUACUGGGGAGCCAACCUCCCUCGGCUGCAGCAGAUCAAAGCUGAGAUUGACCCAUACGACAUAUUUCAUAACCCGCAGAGCGUUCAGCUCACAUAA